GCACAUAGGCGCUACAAUCUUCAACUUACAUAUCUCAGCAACGGACUUGCUAGCGCAAUUUGCCAGUAUCAGGGUCAUCUCAUUGAGCGCAUUUCGACACCGAGGUAUUCAAAGUCGUCUUCAGUAGUAAACACGUACUGCUGUAUACAUUGCUCUGGGCCAUACACCUCAGUAUCGUAGUGUUUGUCUCUCAGUCUCCAUCUGCAGGGAUAGAAACAAGGCACGCCUUCUCACUCGAGAAUAUCCCGCUCACUACUCGCCAUAGAAGGUUUUGAUCCAAGACUGCCUUCUUUCAACAUGAAUCGUAACAGCACCCCGGAAGCCACCACGGCGUCUUCACUUCGCCCACCCGCAUCUCGGGCUGUCGGGGCUGGAUCCAACCUGCGUGCCUCUGCCGACAUGGCCGCAAUCACUGGAUCUUCAGCCGCAAGCCGCAUACGUCCGUCUUCCGACUUCUAUGGUCAGCAGGGUCAGAACCAGGGAAAUGUGGAUGGUGACUCGCCGCAAGACAUGAUGACCCAGCAAUGGAUUGCCGAUAUCGAUCAAUAUGAAACAACGUUAGAGGAGAUGGCUGCAGCCACGCUGGAUCAAGACUUCAAAGAUGAGCUCAGUGCCAUAGAACAGUGGUUUCGAGUUCUCUCGGAAGCAGAGAGGACUGCUGCCCUCUAUGCGCUGUUACAACAAACCACGCAGGUACAGGUCCGCUUUUUCAUUCAAGUGCUUCAACAGAUGGGCAAGAAUCAUCCCAUGUCGGGAGUCCUAUCGCCUGCUAAUUUCGAUAAAGAUCCUAUGUCGAAUCGGUUGAGUGAUGCUAUGAAUAAGUUGAGCGUCAGCUCUGCACGCAAUUCUCUCUCUCAACCACAGCCCUCUAACAAGAGACAUUCGGCUCUCGAUCAGUCUGCAAUAAAUUCUAUGUUUCCUGAUGCCGCUGCUGCCAUUGCGACUGAAAAGGCUCGUUUUACGCAGCAGACUGGAAACCAGCCCCCAUCGAAUCGGAACAGCGCUGCCAUCGAUCCUCGCAGCUCUCUCGCUGCACCCACCAUUUCUGCCCCUUCUGAAGGGAUUGAUCCAAAUGCGCAAAAUCCUAACUCCCCAUGGGGUAACACCCAUGAUCAAGGAGCUUCACGUCCCAAAUCCUCGUCCUCUGGACAACCACCUAUGGGGCAGUUCGUGCAACCGCCCCCAUCUGCGGGUUUGAGGUCGCCCCGUCCUCAACUUGGUGCCAAUUCCAACAUUCAAAGCACAACGCUCAAUGCACCUGACAAGUCAGCUUCGGACUUGCCCAUGCUUUCUCCGUACACUGCCGGCGGGAAUUGGGCAUCGAUGGUGAGCACACCUAUGAACCCGACUUUUAGCCCGGGUAACGCGCCCCAUCAAGCCGACAUGGUUGCAAAUGCCACAGCGAUGAAGCUAGCAGCUUUGUCUACUGUUAACAAUCGCUUUGCUCUUGACGACGUACGUAAAUAUCGCCGGGCGCGAUCUAAUGAUGGAAAUGGACAAAAUCCGGGUGGCGUAUCUGCUGGUCCUCAGGUACCCAAUUUACCCGGAACGAAUUUCAUAAUGGUUGACGAGCGUGGACAGGUGCUAAGCAGGGAUCAGGUUUUGGCCCUGCAGAAUCAACAGGUUAUGGGUGGCUUUGGCGCUCACCGAUCUCGCCCCAACUCGCCCGGUAUUGCCCUCCAGCCAGCCAGUUUUGCUCAGCAGAUGCCGUUUGCCUCACCUCAGAAUAAUGGAUUUCUAAGUGCCUUCGACAACCAGAAUCCACUCUUGGGCGGUGGAUUUCCUGGGUUGAGCAUGCCGCAACUUGGCGUAGGUGUCCCCGAGGGAUAUCUGUCAGAUCACUCUGAUAUGAAUCGUGGGCGGUCGCCUCGAGGUCGCAGAGGCACCUCGAAGCCGCCUGAGGACCCUACCGAUCCAACUCUGCUUCAAGAUAUCCCUGCAUGGCUGCGAAGUCUCCGUCUUCAUAAGUACACUGAUAAUUUGAAAGACAUGAAAUGGACAGACCUGGUCGAGCUUGAUGACGCGGCCUUGGAGAAACGAGGUGUCAACGCCUUGGGAGCGCGUAGAAAGAUGCUGAAGGUGUUUGAACAAGUAAAAGGUAGGCAGGAUACCUGAUUCUUCUACCAUGUCUGCAUCUAGCGCUGACUCUGAUAUAGAAGCAAAGGCAGAGGGUAAGCUCAUGGCUUAAGCCCUACCUAUAUUGUGCCACCCCCGCAGGCGGCACUGGUUGUUUUCUCGCAGACUGAUAUCACACAUCGUCCAAGUUGGCUAGACCAAUUCACUACGUUGUAGUUCAAUAUGUAGAGUCAGUUAUCCUGUGUAUCAUAUGCUGCAUCGUGCUCAGCAUGAUACACGAAGAGAGGUUUUGGAAAUGGGACUGGUGUUUUUAUAUCAUAUCAUAUAUACCAAAUGAUAGGUAGAAGGGAAAAUGGUGUUUGUUAUUACAAGGCUUGUAUCCAUGACGUCUAUGAUAAGUAGCAAAGCUCUACUCUAUACUACCUACAUAAUGGAGAGAAAGUAGUGUUGAAAUACGUAGCACUACUCCAAACAGAGUCAUUAACAUGAUACCGGUAGUAAACUUAAAAAGUCAACCUGAUUUGGACCAAUCUAUUCUCUAAUGGCAUUUGCUCUUAUUCACAUAGGUAUUACCUAAUGGAUAAACCCCCACUCUAAGUACCUAGGUACCAAGGUACUGAGACACCUUAGUC